GCACCAAAUGAAAGACAUGGACAAUAUCAAAACUGUGAAGAAAGAAUGGAUGUGUAAAUCGGGAACCAAAGAUCAGAUUUUAAAUAGAGAACAAAGCCCUGACUUCUUUGUAGAUAACCUUUUUGAAGAAGCUCAGAAGGUUGGUGCUAUAUGUAUGCCCCGAACUACAGUCAAGAAUCAGGUUGAUGUAAUCAUUAAACUUUGGAAAAACGGGUUUACAGUAAACGACGGUGAACUUAGGAGCUACAGUGAUGUUGCAAACCAGCAGUUCUUGGACUCCAUUAAAAAAGGGGAAUUGCCUUUUGAGCUACGAAAAGUUUUUGAUAAGGAAGAGGUAGAUGUGCAAGUGGAAGAUAAAAAAGAUAAAGUGUAUUUGUCAUCAAAAAAGCCAGUGUUUCAUCCAUUUUCUGGACGUGGUUACAGAUUAGGAAGUGCUACUCCAAGGAUAAUCUCUAAAGUAAGAGAUGAUCAUCAAGGAGCUGACAACAAAAGAUGCCUGCCUUUAGUACCCUUAAAUGAUUUGGAGCCUGUCACUAACAUCCAGAUCUGGUUAGCUGAUGGGGAAAGGAUAAUCCAGAAAUUCAAUGUUUCUCACAGAAUAAGCCAUGUAAGAGACUUCAUAACAAAGUAUCAAGGAUCACAGGGAAGUGCUCCCUUCACGCUGACUACUUCACUGCCAUUUCGAGAGCUGCGAGACGAGACACUCACGCUAGAGGAAGCAAAGUUGCAAAAUGCUGUUGUUGUUCAGAGACUCCAGAAAAAAACUGAACCUUUCAGACCCUUGGUGAUAAAAGCACCUGACAAUGACUAUAAGACUGCUGCUACACCUAAUGGACAGCUCAAAAAUGAGCCAAAAAAAGCUAUCAAAAGUACGAGAUCAAAUUAGCUCUUAACUGGCCAAAAACCACAUACAGGUGGAACUAGACAAAGCCAAAAAUGUAACCAGCAAUAUCUGGAUGUACUCUCAUCCUCAUGUACUGUGGUCUUAGAAAGCAAAAUGUGUGCUGUGCUGUAAUCUGGUAUAACAGAAGUGUUUUCAACUAAAUUUGGUGAUCAGAGCCUGACUGUAUAACGUAGCAGAAGUUAACUGUACAACAGGUCAUUCUUAGAACUUCCUUAG